AUCCCUGUGUUGAUGGGUAUGAGUCGUUGAAUGACGCGUGUGUGGAGUGUGAACGAGGGACGUACAGACAGCAGAAUGUGCAGCCAAGCUGCCAGGAUUGCCGAGCCCAGUUCACAACCCUAGCCCCGCGUCAAGAUACUGUAGACAAGUGUGUCCCAUUGUGCGGUCAAGGGGAACACUGGGACGAGGAUAGUGAUUCAUGUGUACCAUGUGAACCCGGUAAAUACAAUCCGGUUGAGUACCAGUUAGAGUGUUUGACCUGUCCUGCUGACAGACCUAUCAGUUCCGAUGACUUCACAUCAUGUCAAGCUGACUGUCCUCCUGGGGAACAAUGGAACGAGGAGAGACAGUUAUGUAACUGGUGUCAGCCGGGAACGUUUAGCACUGGUGGAUACACAAACUGUCAAAAUUGUCCUCCCGGUACAUAUUCAUAUAUUAUGGGAGCCACUUCAUGUAUAACAGUGAAUUGUGGUCCAGGAUUUGUCAGACCUACAGCUGCUUCAGGUUGUAUACAAUGUACAGGGAACCAGAUAGCUAACCCUACACAAAAUGAAUGUAUUGAUUGUCCUCCAGGCCUGGAACCAUCUGAUAGUCAUAACAGUUGUGUGAGUCCAGGGACAAAUUGGUGCCCUGGAGGUUACCAACAAACUAUCGGAUGCGACAGACUUUGCCCCGCAGGGUCUUUCAGACCCACAGGAAGUCAACAGAACUGUCAGCUAUGCCCUUUGAAUACUUUCCAACCUUACGAGGGUCAGCAAUACUGUAUACCAUGUUCAUCAACACAUACAACACAAUCCACUGGAAGAACAUCUCCUUCAGACUGUAGAUCAGACUGGUGUGAUGGUGGCUAUGAGCCGAAGGGUAACCCUUGUAGCCCUUGUCCUGCCGGAAAAUACAAGCCCGAAGGAAAUACAGGGGACUGCCUAGAGUGUGAAUUAAACUUCUUCCAGGACUUGACCGGCCAAACCUCGUGUAAAUCUUGUGGUAAUGGAGAGACAACUCAAAAUAAAGGAUCCACUAGUCAAGAUCAAUGCCAAUCAGAUUGGUGCCAAGGAGGACAUCAACCUAAACCUGGCAGCGCGGACGAAUGUGAACCAUGUCCACUUGGAAAGUACAAACCUUCAGGUCAGAGUGGACAAUGCCUGGAAUGUGAGAAGAACUUUUAUCAGGAUGAAACUGGGGCCGAGGGUUGUAAGUCAUGCCCAAAGAAACGUCCACAUACGAUGUUUAAAGGAAGUAUAUCAGUGACAUUAUGCUCCGCAGAAUGGUGUGACCCUGGAAUGUCUUACGAUAAAGGAAAGAAGGAUUGUUUUAAAUGUGGAAUUGGUAAAUACAGGUCAUUAGAUGAUACAGGCUGUCAGGACUGUCCUAGUGGUGCUACAUACACCCUAACUGCCAAAUCUAGAAGUGAAUGCCGAGAUCCAUGCCCGAAAGGUUCUUUCAUAAAUUUAGAAGCGAAAUCAUGCGAGCAAUGUAGAAAAGAUACCUUUUCUGAUGAAGAGAAUUCACUAAGCUGUACUCCAUGUGAGGACAAUAAAAAAACAAAAGGGAAAGGAUCAACAAGUGACAUGUGCAAUGAAAAUUGGUGUCCCGGUGGUUACACUUUCGAUGACAUUGAGGAAAGUUGCGUUCCUUGCGGGUAUGGUAAAUACCGUAGGUAUAAGCUGGAUCCUGAAUGUAUUGAUUGUGGUGAUGGGAGAUCUACACUGAUAAACACGGCAUCUUCACCAGAUGACUGUAUAGACAAUGGAGCAAGGUCAUGUAUAAAUGGAUAUGUGUAUAGAGAUGGGCGAUGCCGACCAUGUCCGAUCGGUACAUACAGUUCACAAAACAGCUCCGAUUGCACGCCAUGUCCUGAUGGUUUUACAACAAGACGUUCCGGUUCAUACCAUGAAAACUUGUGCAUAACAAUGCACAGUGAAUGUGAGAGCCAGUUUGACCUAAUUAUUGCUGUAGACUUGUCAAACAGUUUGACUCACGAUGCCAGUCAUCAUGUCAAUAAACAUCUGAAAUAUUGGCUGAAAUGCUUAAUUAGAAGGUUAGAUAUACAUCCAUACAGAGUGAGAGUAAGUGUCAUAAAAUACGCUAGGGGAGUGUCCACACUUAUAAAUCUACACGACAGCUACACGACCGAGAAUGUGUGUCGUGUUAUCGACAGUGGGCUGAAACCCAGCAUACGUAUAACCGUGAACACAGCAGGUGCUCUACGAAAAGCAUAUGACCUAUUUAAACAACAGGGACGGCCGGGAGUACAGAAACAUAUACUGCUGAUUAUGGACGACAGGUCGUCUAACCCGGCUCAUGCCGUCCAGAUUGCCAACUACCUUAAAGAUAGACAGGUUCAUAUAACUGUUAUAGGCCCCGAUUUGGCAGAAGCUAGUUUACUUGCGUCUAGUCGAUUUUCACAGUUUAUUAUACCGAGUUAUCUCCGCCUUCCUCUGGAUUAUAACGUUCUCAGGGCAGUUUGCAGACCAAGGAAAUAAACAUUACAGCAUAAAUUCACCUCUUACCUCAUUAAAAUAUUACAAAAAUGAAAUAUUGGAAUCAGAUUACUUGAAACUGUAAUGAAAUUUUUAGAACAAGUUUCAAUCUUUUAAUUAAUGAAGUUUUAAAAGUUAUAGCCCCUAGAUUAUACACCAUCAUUUGUAAAUGGAUUCUAAUCGCAGCUGUGGUGGUCUUAUAAUUUAGAAUCUCAACUGGUUAAAUUACUUACAAUAACAAUGUUCACUUAUUUUGAUGACAUUCAUGUAAAUUUUCAAGAUACUGAAUUUUCUUAUAAUAAAAGGAAGAUAUAUCAAAAGAUAAAUAGAAUACUUGUA